GACGUGCUGGCCGACCACGCGGGAGAGCUCGUGCGCACCGACAGCCCUAACUUCCUCUGCUCCGUUCUGCCUUCGCACUGGCGCUGCAACAAGACCCUGCCGGUCGCCUUCAAGGUGGUGGCGCUGGGGGAUGUGCCUGAUGGGACGGUGGUGACAGUGAUGGCGGGCAAUGACGAGAAUUACUCCGCGGAGCUGCGCAACGCUUCCGCCGUCAUGAAAAACCAAGUGGCCAGGUUCAACGACCUUCGCUUCGUGGGCCGGAGCGGGCGAGGGAAAAGUUUCACGCUCACAAUCACCGUGUUCACCAACCCUACCCAAGUGGCCACCUACCACCGAGCCAUCAAGGUCACCGUGGAUGGACCCCGGGAGCCCCGACGGCACCGGCAGAAGAUAGAAGAUCAGACCAAGGCCUUCCCCGACCGCUUCGGAGACCUGCGCAUGCGUGUGACGCCCGGCACCCCCAGCCCCCGGAGCUCUCUCAACACCACGAGCCACUUCAGCAGUCAAGCCCAGACCCCAAUCCAAGGCUCCUCAGACCUGAACCCCUUCUCGGACCCACGCCAGUUUGACCGCUCAUUCUCUACGCUGCAAAGCCUCACAGAGAGCCGCUUCCCGGACCCUAGGAUGCACUACCCCGGCGCCAUGUCUGCUGCCUUCCCCUACAGCGCCACGCCGUCGGGCACCAGCCUGGGAAGCCUGAGCGUGGCGGGCAUGCCGGCCAGCAGCCGCUUCCACCACACCUACCUCCCACCGCCCUACCCCGGGGCCCCGCAGAGCCAGAGCGGGCCCUUCCAGGCCAACCCCGCGCCCUACCACCUCUUUUACGGCGCCUCCUCCGGCUCCUACCAGUUUUCCAUGGCGGCUGCGGGCGGUGGCGAGCGCUCUCCCACCCGCAUGCUGACCUCCUGCCCCAGCGGCGCCUCGGUGUCCGCGGGCAACCUCAUGAACCCCAGCCUGGGCCAGGCUGAUGGCGUGGAGGCCGACGGCAGCCACAGCAACUCGCCCACGGCCCUGAGCACGCCGGGCCGUAUGGACGAGGCCGUGUGGCGGCCCUACUGAGCACCCUGGGGACUCGCGGGCCACCCGGACCUGCCCUCCAGCUCCAAGCUACAGGAAGAAACAGACUUUGGCCUGGUCCCUGGGGCCAGAGCUAGCAAUGGCUCCCAGAGCUCUGUCCAGCAACAAGUUUGAACAGAGAAUGUGGGGACCUCCCCCAGGACACUGCCCCAGCCCAGACCCACCUCUGUUGUCUCCAGCCAUGCCUAGGAUUAUCUCCUGAGCCAGAGGCUACCCCUGCCCUUGAGGAAGGAGGCCUUUGCUGGCAAGAGAAGCCCAGGCUCAGAGAUAUCCAAACUUCCUCUCUCUCACCCUGCACCCGGGGACCAGCCCUCACUCUGCAUCCGUACCCAUCAAGUCAACUGGAAACCCCAACCCCUGAGAUGAAGGACCCAGGACACACCCACACCAAUCUCAGACUUGACUUCCCCAUUACCCUAGGCAAGCGAUCCUUGGCCAGUUCUAGCUUCCCCAAAGAGAUCAGUCUCCAGAGUAGACUCAUCGCUGAUGGCAGGUCCCUAAAGUGAGGAUGGGCUCAACACCUCCAAGCACAUUCCAACCUGAAGGGACAGCUUGGUUCUCAGGGGCAGAGAGGUCCUGGCAGAAAGGCUUACCGUGGGAAGCAAUGGGAUGGCCAACAUCCCUGCUCAGUAGGCUCCCUCGGUCCAGCCGAGCUGUGUCCCAGGCCUUGAUUCCCAACCCUACAUGUUUAUACCUAGAAGAAAACAACCUAGAAGCCAAAGAAAAAGUGACUUGUCACACAUUUUAAAACAAGGUCUGUGAGAGCUGAGGCUCUAUGUAUCUGAAAGCCCCGCCUCUACUGGUGUGAUGGCAGCAGGAUCCUGCCACUCUCGGACCCCACAUUCCUCAUAGGAGGGGACCAGGGGCUCCAGGAGACCUUUUGGGGUCUCUGCUGAGGUGUGCGGUGGCAGAUCAGUGUCUGAGCAGAGGUCAGACGGGAAGGGAGGGCUUGGCCUAGGGCUUGGAUCAUAGGGACUGUGAGAGACUGUCAGUGGGCUAGGUUAGAAAGCUUUACCAGAGCUGGUCCACAAACUGAGUGAGCCACUUCCUGUGUGGCCUUGGAGCUCUCCUCUAAAAGGCUCCUUCGUGAUGGUCUCUGUGGUAGGGCUUGGCCUUCCCCAUGGCCCACACCUGUAAACACUCCUGUAGGUCAGAGGAUCCUGAUAAUCCCCUGCAGACACCUCUUGUUUGUUACAGUUUCUUUUGUCCCACCCUGCUGGGGGGCGGGACCGAAACAUUUUCUAUCUCUUGGAAGUAGCAGAGUUAGCCUUCCAGCUCCUGCACCCAGAGGGGCCUCCUCACCUCUUCUCAGGAAGCAGCUAUAGCCCAUUGCCCUCCUACCCGCCUCACUACUGCUCCAUGGUGUAGGCUGGCCCAGGCUACCAAGGAAGACACCUCCAGGGUCCUAGCACCCAACAUUGUGCGAAACACCCCAGACAACGGCCCUUCCUGAUAUCCAGACGCAGGUGGAGAUGGGAAAGCACAGACACACACACACACACACACACACACACACACACACACCAUUACUUCUCUUUCCCAUCUCCGACUAACAGUGACAGUGAGGGCUGGGUCUGUUGUUGGUCCUAGGUCAGUACAGGCAGUGGGGGCUGGUAAAGAUGGGUCCUUACUCUCAAGGCUGCUUUAAAGUGCUACCUGAAAGCACUGGCUAGAAGCACAAGGAGGCUGAAGGGGUUGAUACAAUGUCACUGUGUGGGGGUAGGUGCUGAUCCUUGGUGACAUUGUUCCCCUGAAGUACCCUACCUGCUGUGAGCAGGUCUUCCUGGAGGGGGCUCAAAGUCCAGGGGGAGGGGAGGGCCUGCUUUGCACUAUAGGCUGCUUUGUGUGUCUUUUUUUCUUUUUUUUUUUUAAUGCACAAUCUGCUUGUACAGUCAACUGCCCAUCUUGGGUACUAUUUAACUGUAAAAUGAAAAUUGUAUUUGUUACAAUAAUAUAACAGAUGCCUUGAAG